CGUUGGUGAGCAUCGCGAUGCCAGUAGCGUCCCGACGCCUCCCACCGCAGCAUCCAAGUUGCUGGUGUCUCAAAAGAACUAUUAAGAUCGGUUACGUGGCGAUUUAUGUUUAAGAAAUACAUCAAAAAUAAUUGUAAACAAAGGAAAUGUUGGUGAACUUGAUAAAGUUUGUGUAGAAAAUGUGAAAAAGUAACCACUUCAAAAAAUGAGUAAAAAUCCAGAAACGUCCACCACGCCCUCAUGCUCCAUGAGUAAAUCUUCAUCCAUGGAACACGUGGGUCAACACCACCACAAAAAAUCAAAGCGAAAAUACAGCAAAAUCAAAUUACCAACGCCACCACCCGAUCCACAUCAAGAACACGAAGGGGAUUACAAGAAAAGUCAAGAUGUUUUGGAAUAUUUAGAAACAUUGCAAAAGAUUAAUCCGAACGCGCAAAACUUGAUGAGGGUGAAUUCGAUUUUUACUCCAGCGAUUGCAACCGAAGACGCUUUCGAUCACCUAGAAAAGUUAUAUAAAUUAAUGGAACAAAUGAUAUUGUUAAGAGAUCAAAAUGCAAAACUUUACCGGAGAGUGCGCGAUUUAGAACAUUUAAGAAACCUUCAAAACAUGCAGAAAUACCUGGAAGAAAACGAAUUUAACGAAGUCGAUACGGCUUUCGCAGAAAACCUUUUAGACACAAUCUUAAGCGAUACCAAAAGAGAUCCGAAACUGCCAAAAUCCCACCACCAUCAAAACCAAUUUCGAUUUAGACAAUCCUUAUUGCGUCGUCAGAGAAACCGAAGUAACUCGGUUACUUUGGAGAAAAACAUCGAUAUGGAUCGAUUGAGGGCUUCUUAUAGAAGAUCCUCAGCUUUAAGUGGACCGGAUAAGAAAAUUUCGAAAUGGACCAGGGUCAAAGCCGCUUUCAAGUGGGAAAAAGCCAGCCAAACGGUUAGCGAUGUGAAAUCGCAGGAUAGCGGGAUCGGAGGGAUGCAACCUGUUAAUUUUGAGGUUACCAGGUAUUUAAGGGUACCGUCAACAUCUGAAGAUCCGGGAAUUAGUCCGUGUGAUUCGGGAGCUGCGGAAAUUUCAACACCGGGAACUAUAUCUUCGGCAUCUUCUACAGAAGAUGUUUUUUGUCCGGGGCGUCGCGAUCCAAGAGAUGAUACUUCAGAUGAUGACCAAUCUUUUACGUUAGAUUACAUUCCAAAUUUAAAGGACGACCAAUCCAAGUCUCCAACACCCGGAAAAAAUCUUCACCGAACGACGUGGGCCAGAAUGAAAGACAUCAUCCAACCAAGAAAUAGCUUGAAAAAAAGAAAACGUCUAAGCGUUAAAAGCGACGAUUCCAGAUUAGAAGAUGCGAUGCUUAGCGACGAAGAUGUGUUUGAAUCAAAAGAUUCAAAAAGUCCACUUCCAAGUCCCAAAUCGUUAAACACCCCAGGUUUUGAAGUCGAACAUUUUCCUUUCGUUGAAGUUCAAACUCACGAUGAUCAACAUCAAAUUGAGCAAACGACUCCAAAACUUGAAAAUUUAAGCAAAAUCCAAGAGGAAAUCCAAAACAAUUAUCGGGAAUUACAAACAAAACUAAGUUUGGAAUUCCAGGAUAAAAUGAACGAAUGGGAAAAAUCAAAACAACAUCAGCAUCAGCAACAACAAAGUUGUUCGAAUUCACCAAAUAACACUUCAGCAACGUUAUCGUUAGAAGAACAAAAGGAACAAGCUUUUAAGAAAAAAAUGGAGGAAUGGGAAAAAAUUAAAGGGCAAUCAAAACAUAGCGGCAUUCAAUUGCAAAGUGAAGAACAUCUCCCGUUGGAAUUUCGAAAAAAAUUACAAGAAUGGCAAAAAAUUAAAAAAGGUGAUACUUCUUCAGUCAUUUCUGGUAGUCCAAAGAAAAAACUUGGAGACUGGCCAAAAUGGAAAUCAGUGAGUGGUCAAAGACCGCCAGAACUUGGUCCACUCGAAACACAACAUCUCUCGGAAGAUUUUAUGAAAAAAUUAGAAACCUGGAAACAAAUAAAAUCAAAUAGUUAUUCAAACGAAGAUGAUUUGAAAGAAAAUAAAACACCCAGUCCUAAAUUAAUGAGGAAAGAUGGAGGAUCUGGACGGCAAAGUAAAAAGAUUAAAGAACAAACUGACAAAGGUUUACAAUGGGUUGAAAAGGAGUUAACUAAAAUUGAACGGGAACAACAAAGAUUGGAAAGAGAACGACAAAAAUUUUGGGAACGUGAAGAAAGAUUAAGUAAACUUCGUCGAUCUGUUAUGGGACCUAAUAAUAAACAAAAUAUUCUGGUUCAAACUCCGUGUGGUUUUUAUCGAUUUGAAGGAAUUUCGAGAAAAUUUACCCAAAAACUUUACGAAUGGGAGAAAGCCCAAGGAAUUGGACCGGAAGCUUCAACAUUUGCGUUAUUAAGUAACGCAUACGUACCAACAAUUAAUUUAUCUAAUAAACAUGCACCACCACCUCGUUUAAUUAAAUGCAAAUCGGCGGACAGCGUAAUGAACUCUGAAUUAAAUUUAACUCAUCCACUUCUAAGUCAACAACCUUCGAGUUUAUCUUUAAACGACGUUGAAAAUUUAGAAAAAGAAUGUCUUCUAAAUAACGUCUCAUCAGUACCUGAUAUAAGAUCGAAUCAUUUGGAUGAAACGGACGAACCGGGGGCUGUUAUCGUUGAAGUUGAGGAUAUUAUCGAAGAAACUGCCAGCCCGUUGGAAUUUUUUAUGGAUAAGAAGCAAAUCCCGGUUUAUCAACAUCAAGAAAAACCUUUGAUGUGUGAAGGAGCAUCCAAAAUAGCACCAAAAGUACGAAGAAGUGAAUCAAAUAGAGCCCAAAAUAAUUAUAAUUUAAUCGAAGACGCAAUCGAUCUGUUAAAACUCUUAAGUGAAAACGAGGAUGACAUAAGAUUUCGUGAAAAUCAACUUGAGUUAGAAUCAGACGAUCCCCUACAAAUCGAAACAUUAAAAAGUCUUUACGUUCUUCAAUCAGAAACUUCCGGAAGAUUGAUUGAAAAACUCGUAAGAUUACAAGAAGCCAACAACAAGGUGACCUCGAGUAUAUCAUCGUCAACAACGCAAGACGGUGAUUUAUCUCAAGGACAUCAAAUGAACGAAACUUUAGAUUCCGUACAAGAUCUUUCGGUUGACGUGUUACAUUUAGCGGAAAAUUUACACACAGAUUUUAUGAACAGAAACGCUGUUUAUGACCCAACCGAUUCAAAUAAAAAUUAUCCCAAUAUUCUUUUAAUGUUGAAAAGUUCGAAUGGAAAAAUUUUGGAACUUAGACGAGUUUUAAGUUAUUUAUGUGCAGCUUCAGAUUCUACAGCUCCAGGAAGAAAGAAAAAGUUUCAAAGAAGUUCAAAAGGUUUUUUACGUAAAUUAUCAUUAAAAGAUAAAAAAUUAUUAAAAGAAACUGUUGAUGACAGCGAUCAAGAUUUAAGCGCACAAAUAGCUCAAGGUGCUAUUAAGAAACGUUAUAGGUACAAACAGCGUGGUUAUUCAACGAAAACUCUUGAUGGAAGUGAUGAUGAAGUGAUUGAACAAAAAAGAAAUAAUAAAAAAAAUCGCGAAAUUGAUGGCAUUAAAUUAGAUUUGGACGUAAUUCAAAAAGUUGCCGUUCCAACACACACAAAUUACGUAAAUGUUGAGAGUGAUCAAAACGACGAGAAAGAAAAAGGUUCAACAACUCCGGUUCAAGUUUUUGUUAAAACAACACGCAAAUUAUUUACACCUUUAGUAACUAGUUCAUUCGCUGGGGAAAAUGUGAGCCCCCAAAGUGUGCAAGAAAAAAUAGAUGAGUCUCAAAUUUCUUCAAAACCUCCAAUUUUACCAUCACCGACAACCCAAAGAAAAAUCAGCAAAGAAAUUUCACCAAAUAUUAAAUUAAUGUUAGCGAGAUAUAAUCAAAAAAUUCACGAACACGAAUCAUCAAAUUUAACAAAAUCUUUAAGCAGUGGAUCGUCAUCACCAAUUUGGAGAUCACCAGUUACAGAGAGAAGAGUUAAAAAUCAAACUGAACGUUAUCAACAAGAAUUAAUACGACUAUCAUCGCCUUUAAUAAAAAAUAAAGGCGAUUUUGUACAAAAAUCAGCGAGUGUUAGCGUUUUUAAUAUCCAAAGAGACCUUCAAUCAAAAGAUACAACAAAAAACAUUUUAAAAUCAGUAAGCGCGUGCGCUUUAUCUCCAAACGAUAAUAAACCGAAUUUAUUAAAAUUAAAUUUAGAUACAACUAAAAGCAAUCAAAUAAUUUCUAAAGAUAGUCGAAGUUAUAAAUUGCAAAAAGCGAAAGAAGACUUUUUUAAUGCCCCCUUAUGUCCAAUGUCGGCUCCUGUACUUCAAGAUAACCCGGAACAAGAAAUAAAAUAUCCCGAAAGAAAUCGAUUAAGUCAAAUUAGUGUUGAAAGUGAAUCAAGUUCAGAAGUAAUCGAAGGAUUAUUAAUUAAAUCAGCUUCCGUUGGAAUGAUUAGUGUUGAUCCGGAAACUUAUCGCCAAAUUAAUCCUGAAAUUCACGGUGGGGGUUAUGUUUCUUUACCAAGAGAUACGAAAAAAAGAAAAGAAGGUCUCAUGUCAAAUUUAGCAUCAAAAUUUAGAAAAGUAAAAAUGAGAAGAACCAAAGAUACCAAAGGAAAUAAAAUGAAUACAAUUUCAACUUUAUGCCGACAAAGUUUAGUCGUUGAUAUCAAUCCAAGUUUGGGUAGUCAAGAAACUUUAACUGCCGAAGAAGCCGCUGGUCAAUUAAGAAAAGAUAGUUUAACAGUUCCGAACGAUUCAAGAGGAUCAUCUUCGGGGGAUACAUCACCUUCAACUUCACGAUCGGGAAGUUGGAUCAAAAAACCACGACUUUUUAAACCAAAACAAUAAAAUUAUAAAAAAAAGAAGAGCAUUUAAAAAAAAUUGUUAUCGAAUUUAAAAAUU